AUGAACAGACUAGAAACACCAAUGGAGAGGUCAUCCUCGCCAGCCAGGCUUGGGUACACAUCGGAUAAACAUCCACGACACACUCUGGACACAGUGAAUGUGCUGCGGAAACAUAGAGAGCUGUGUGAUGUUGUGCUUAUUGUUGGCUCAAAGAAGAUCUUUGCACACAGAGUGGUUUUGUCUGCGUGUAGUCCAUAUUUCCAUGCCAUGUUUACUGGGGAGCUGGCCGAAAGCAGACAGACUGAGGUCACCAUUAAGGACAUUGAUGAAACAGCCAUGGAAUUGUUGAUUGACUUCUGCUACACAUCCAGUAUCACUGUGGAGGAGAGCAAUGUCCAGACUUUGCUCCCUGCUGCCUGCUUGCUACAGCUGGUUGAAAUUCAAGACGUUUGCUGUGAAUUCCUGAAAAGACAACUUGAUCCUUCCAACUGUUUGGGCAUCAGGGCUUUCGCAGACACCCACGCCUGUAGGGACCUGCUUCGUAUAGCAGAUAAAUUUACCCAGCACAACUUUCAAGAGGUGAUGGAGAGUGAAGAGUUCAUGCUGCUACCAGUGAACCAGCUAGUAGACAUUAUAUGCAGUGAUGAGUUGAAUGUACGCACGGAGGAACAAGUCUAUAAUGCUACCAUGAACUGGGUUAAAUACAACGUGCAGGAGAGAAGGCAGCAUCUGGCUACUGCUCUUCAGCAUGUACGAUUGCCAUUGAUGACCCCGAAAUUCCUGGUUGGAACCGUUGGUGCCGAUUUACUUAUCAAAAGUGAUGAAGCGUGCCGAGAUCUGGUCGAUGAAGCUAAGAAUUAUCUUCUCCUGCCUCAGGAGCGCCCCCUUAUGCAAGGGCCAAGGACGAGGCCAAGGAAACCAAUCAAAUGUGGGGAGGUUCUGUUUGCCGUUGGAGGUUGGUGUAGUGGUGAUGCCAUUUCCAGUGUAGAGAAGUAUGACCCAGGAAGUAAUGAAUGGCGACUGGUAGCCCCGAUGAGCAAGAGACGAUGUGGUGUUGGAGUUGCAGUUCUGAAUGACCUUCUGUAUGCUGUUGGUGGGCAUGAUGGACAGUCGUACCUAAACAGCAUAGAAAGAUAUGAUCCACAUACCAAUCAGUGGAGCUCAGAUGUAGCUCCGACCAGCUCCUGUCGCACGAGUGUAGGAGUGGCUGUACUAGGGGACUUUUUAUAUGCAGUUGGUGGACAAGAUGGUGUCUCAUGUUUAAAUUAUGUAGAACGGUACGAUCCUCAGACAAACAAAUGGCAGAAGGUCGCAUCAAUGAGCACACGACGACUGGGUGUGGGCGUGGCAGUUCUACAGGGCUUCCUGUAUGCUGUUGGUGGCAGUGAUGGAACCUGUCCCCUGAACACAGUGGAACGAUUUGACCCCCGCAGCAACAGGUGGACUCCUGUUGCUCCCAUGGGAACCAGGCGGAAACAUCUGGGUGUGGCCGUGUUCCAGAACAUGAUCUACGCUGUUGGUGGUCGAGAUGAUACCACUGAGCUAAGCAGCGCUGAGAGAUACAACCCGCAGAAAAACACAUGGGAACCUGUGGUGGCCAUGACGUCGAGACGAAGUGGGGUGGGCCUUGCUGUUGUAAACGGACAAUUGAUGGCUAUCGGAGGCUUUGACGGAACCACAUAUCUGAAGACAGUGGAAAUCUAUGACCCCGACCAGAACUGCUGGAAGAUUGUCGGAAGCAUGAACUACCGGAGACUGGGUGGUGGUGUCGGAGUGGUCAAGCUGCCGCAGAGUGACACACAUCUGUGGUGA